AGCAAGAUGGCGGCGACGCACUUCCGGUGUGUGUUCCUAAGGGUGCGUCCGGGCGGCCGCUGCAGGUGCCGUCCAACGGGUUCCAGCCUCUUUGCUGCACAGACUAUAACGGUGAUGGCGUGCGGACAGUUUGGCUGGAGUCGGGCGGCUCUUCUCCACCUACUUCUUGGCGUGACCCUGAUGGUGAUGCCACCCACCCAAGCCCGGAGUCUGCGCUUCGUUACCUUGCUGUACCGACAUGGAGACCGGUCACCAGUGAAGACAUAUCCCAAGGAUCCCUAUCAGGAAGAAGAAUGGCCCCAGGGGUUUGGUCAGUUAACCAAGGAGGGGAUGCUACAGCACUGGGAGCUGGGUCAGGCUCUGCGGCAGCGCUACCGUGACUUUCUCAACACCUCUUACCACCGGCAAGAGGUUUAUGUGCGAAGUACAGACUUUGACCGCACUCUCAUGAGUGCUGAGGCCAACCUGGCUGGACUCUUCCCUCCCAGUGGGAUGCAGCGUUUCAACCCAAACAUCUCUUGGCAGCCUAUCCCCGUCCACACUGUGCCUGUUGCUGAGGACAGGCUGCUGAAGUUUCCGUUGGGCCCAUGUCCCCGUUAUGAGCAGCUGCAGAACGAUACCAGGCGGACACCCGAGUAUCAGAAUGAGAGUAUUGAGAAUGCACAAUUUCUGGAUAUGGUGGCCAAUGAGACAGGGCUUACGGACUUGACAUUGGAGACCGUCUGGAAUGUUUAUGACACACUCUUUUGUGAGAAAACACACGGGCUAGUCCUGCCGCCCUGGGCCUCACCCCAAACCAUGCAGCGUCUGAGCCGGCUAAAGGACUUCAGCUUCCGCUUCCUCUUCGGAAUCUACGAGCAGGCAGAGAAGGCCCGGCUUCAGGGGGGAGUCCUGCUGGCUCAGAUACGGAAGAACCUGACUCUGAUGGCUACCUCCUCCCAACUCCCUAAGCUGCUGGUUUACUCUGCGCAUGACACCACCUUGGUCGCUCUGCAAAUGGCGUUGUAUGUCUACAAUGGUGAACAAGCCCCCUACGCCUCCUGCCAUAUAUUUGAACUGUACCAGGAAGAUAGUGGGAAUUUCUCAGUGGAGAUGUACUUUCGGAAUGAGAGUAACAAGGCCCCCUGGCCGCUGAGCCUUCCUGGCUGCCCUCACCGCUGCCCACUGCAGGACUUCCUUCGCCUGACAGAGCCUUUCGUGCCCAAGGAUUGGCAGCAGGAAUGCCAGCUGGCAAGUGGUCCUGCAGACACAGAGGUGAUCGUGGCCUUGGCUGUGUGUGGCUCCAUCCUCUUCCUUCUCAUAGUGCUGCUGCUCACCGUCCUCUUCCGGAUGCAGGCCCAGCCUCCUGGCUACCGCCACGUUGCAGACGGAGAGGAUCACGCCUGACAACCACUCAGCCCCCUUCCCUCUGCCUCCUAGGGGAGGUGGGCUUGGCCCUUACUCCCGACUGUUGCUGCUCCCCAGCCCACGGACAGGAGACCCUGGGUUGGACCUCCCUCUGAUGAUCCCAACUGGGAUGAAAACUUGGGGUUCGGCUUGGCCCAUGACACCUGUCACUCAGCAUUCACCUGCCCAAUGUUUGCCAAGUACUGUGUUGGACACUGGCUGUCUCCAAACAGGAUGUGCCUCCUCCAUUCUCCCUAAGGACCUGAAAUGUAGGCAAGUAUUCACUUGAGACCUCGGAUAAAAGCAACUGAAGGAGUUGGUGCUUGAUCUGCCUUGGGCCCUCGUCUCCCGCAUUAAGCCCUGCUCUCUCUCUUCCAGCCCGGAGUCUUUGGCAAAUGGCUCCCAGGAUACAGUUUUGCCUCUCAGUGCUUAUUUUAGUGGGAAAAUUUGCACAAUAUUGGGGGUACGAACAUUGGCCACCAAGGGACUGGAUCACCCAACAGCCAGCCAGUCAAGUUUUCCUUUGUGUAGCUAAAGUCACCAUCAGAGUCAGACGUGAUGCCCUGGGCGCCUUGCUCACCCCUGCAGCCUCAGCAGGUCGGAAGGGUGUUUGUACUUGGGGAGGGGGGGAGGCGGAGAAAAGUGAACUGUGGUACCGUCAUGAAAUUACUGUCCCCCUCAGCUGGGCUGGCGUCUCCAGGGCCAUGAGGUAAAUGCAGGUUGUGAGCUGGACAGUUGACUGUGGCCCAGAACAGGGCUGAGGCAGCUUAAAAAAAUGAAAGUUUUAGACUCUUAUGCU